CACACACGUACUGCACACAUGCAGCGUGCUCAGGAUGACACAGACAAGUACAGUAUUGAGCAUUUUCGUCCUGUUUCUUCAAACCACUUUUGGGGAAAGUGGUUGCACCUCAGCAGAUGGUGAUGCAUUCAUGUGAGGAGUUAUGCCUGGGAGCAGGGAACCGCUUCACUCUUCUGCAAUCCAUGGUCACGCUGAGCUGCCAUCAGAGAGGGGGACUUUUGGAGAUGAUGAAACAGACAAUUUUGACAUUGACUGCUUCAGCCAGCUGGAAUUUAAGGAUUCCUAUAGCAGCCUGACCUGCAAUUUUACCGAGCUGCCUCCUCACAACACUAACUAUACCCUGGCCCUGUGUACCAAGGAAGACAGUAAUUCCGUGUGCUUCGAUAUGGAGAAACAGGAAGAUGUGUAUUUCUUACAAUUCACUGAUAUACUCUCAAAUAAAUACAUAUGCACUGGCUCUGAGAUGAAGAAAAGGGUCUGCAGGAGUCUGGUUGUAACUGACAUUGUUAAACCUGAAGUACCUUUUGAUAUAAACAUCACAUACCAAAAGGAGGCAAAUGAGUAUCUAAUUCAUUAUAGUACACCACACUCAUGGAAGAAAUACUUAAAGGACAAAUUAAUACACCAAAUAGCCUAUCGGCAGGAAGAAGGUAUUUGGAAGACAAUAGAGUCACCAUACCUUCUUAUAAAAUUACUGGGGAAAAACCUCGAAAAUGAUGCAUCGUAUGAGGUGAAAGUACGUUCGCAGCCCAACGGAGAUUAUUUUAAGGGCACGUGGAGCGAAUGGAGCACUUCUAAGAGCUUCAGGACUGCAAGGGAGCAGCAAUCCACGGAGACCUUUAGCAGCGUGGUCGUGAUUAUACCCUCCAUCCUGGGAUUCAUGCUGUCCAUUGUCAUGAUUGUCCUGAUUGUAACUUUUUGGGAAAACAGAAUCAAGCCUGCUGUGUGGCCAAACCUUCCUGAUCAUAAAAAAACGCUGGAGCAACUAUGCAAGAAGCCAAAAAAUAAUUUUGAUAUAAGCUUUAACCCGGAGAGUUUUGGUUACGUUCAUAUCCAUAAAGUGGACGGCAUUCGAGCAAAAGCUGAACUGGAAAAUUUUCUGCAGCCAUCAACUGCUCCAGAUCCAAACCUUCCAGAAAAAUUUUGGAGCGGAUCAGACCUGACGAUGAUCCCUGAGAUGACAGAAAGAAGCAACCUAAGCCUGUCUGUGACUUACGAAGGAAUCUGGCCAGCUGAAGCCCUGCACAGACUCCUGACCACCAGCCAGUUUGCAGUCACCGAAGGAACCUGCUGCUGCAGCACAUACGAGGUGUGCCACGGCAAUGGGGUGCCCCUGUGCGAUGAUGGUUUCAACCUUUCCUCCGCUCCUCCCCCAGAUCCCUCUGGCCAGCUCGGACCGGAGCCCCUAAACGGUGAUACUGCAUCCCAGAUGCUGCCUACCAAUGAAAUGAGAUCACCAAACAACGAGGAAGCCUAUGUCACAAUGUCUAGCUUCUACAAAAUUCAGUAAACCUUACAGGAAUGACAGCGUACCGGUUUUUCUCUAGCACAAGCGGGACAUUGUAGCUUUCUGUUUUGUUUUCCUGCAUCCUGUGAGUUCCCACCUCUGUAACACACCCUGCUCACAGUGCAACACUCUACCUGCAAGGAAGCAGGUUCUCCCAUGUUUCAGUGAUAAGUGGCCUAACUUCAGCUCUCAGUAUGCUGGUAGCAAUCUCCACUGCAGCAGAAAUGAAAUUUAAUUCAACCUGACUUUAAUCUUCAGAUCUGACUAAUCCAGAGCAAUGACACUGCAGUCCUAGCUGAGGAUAACAGCAUGUCUCGUAAAAGUUAAUGGACUCUUUAGUUAACCUCUCAGUUGCAGAAUUAAGCUCUUAUUAAUGCUUAAGCAAGAAAUAUGGCAACAAAUUCAAGUUAAAUAGAAUCCAAUCUCUUAAACAAUGGUAGUUCAAGAGUAACUCCUGCAGUCAGUGGAAGUCCUCAAGUUUGCAAAACGUCAGUAAAUGAGAGCUGCUAUCAAGCAUUAGUUGCCUGGGGAUUCAGUAGCUUGGUUACCACAAAAGGAGUUUGCUGAGCCCCCAGGCAAAAGGGGACAGGGACUCACUUUAGGAAGAUGUUUUCUCAGACUGAUUUUUUUAUUAUUGUUUUGAUUUUUUUUUUGAGAGAGAUGAAUUAAAACAAAGCAAGACCCUACAUGCCACUACUUUUUGCUGUUGGUAAAGAUCUGCUCUGGAGCCAAUUUGGGGAUUCACAGAUACUUCUGCUAGUGCCAUAUAUUAAAGAUCUUCAGUACUUCAUAUACCAGCAAUGUUUAGGUAAGGAAAAAAACCAAAAUCACUAAAAAGCAACGGCUCAUCUCUUCCUAUAAACUGAAUUGGGGAUGCAAAAUGCAUGAUACUGUCUUUCUCUGCAGCUCUUGUGCAAGCAUUAGUGCAGCAUGUAAGUAUUUUCCAGGACAGAAGGGCUGAGCAGACCAUGUUUGUUUACUAACAUUAUUCCCAAUGGAUGUGGCUGCAUGGUAAUACUUUGAAUUUGGCCAGGCAAUGUUCUCAUGAAACAUCUGACCUAGGAAGACGGAUGGAGUAUCAUGCAUCCUGCCAGUGAUCAGAUGACCUAUAUUUUUUAAAAGUACCUUGUAAAUUGCCUAUAGUUUUGUGGGAUUUUUUUUUCUUUCUUUCACAUUAUUAUGGAGGAAGGCACUUUGUCCCUUCCCACUCACCUUUCUCUGGACUCUGUGCCCAGCUCUAAGGGGUUCCCCAUGUGCUGCCACACAGAGAUGGCUGAGCACUUCACAGUCCCUCUGGGAUGCUGCUCAUUGCAGAGCACACGCUUGGAGAUAAAGCUGCUACAGCCACAUGGUUGCAUGACAGCCGAGCAGUGUGGCCAUGGGAAAUCCAAGCCACUUUGCUGUGCUCUGGGAUUGAGGUUCACCUCACUGUGCAGUCUCAGUUCCUCUAGCUGCUUGAAAUUCUCCUUUACUGAAACAUAUUCACGUUCCCAGAGUCUAAGGGUGAAAAGAGUCCUCUCUAAUGCUCAGAGCUGCUCAAAUUUGUUCUGACUGGUAAUAAUCACUGAGAUGUCGCUAUAUUUGAUGUGGCCUGCUGGCGAAAAACAGCACUCUCAAGACAGCACUCCACCUUCUCCACCUCCACCCAAUGUCAGGGAAACCUUCAAACGGGGACAACCUUAUGAUCCCUGUGUGCAAAGGGGCCAAGGAUUUGGCUCAAGGCAUUCCAGUGACAUUUUACAGAAUGGUUUUUAUUGCUGUUUCUCACCAAAUGGAACAUUGAUUAAUGCAGUAGAAAAGGAUGAAAAGCCCUGGACAUUCCUUUGCUUUAUAAUGCUUGUAUUUCUUUUUAAAAAGAGCUGCUGGUAACAUUCAUACCAUGCUGACUUGCACAGCGCAAUUGUAGAUGCGGACAGACUGUGCUGGAAAGAUAUCCUCUUCUAGUAACACAGUAACAAACAAAGAGGGAACAGAGGAAGAAGCAAAAGCGCGUCAGAAAAAUCCUGUACAGUAUGUGCUAUGCUUGUUUUGAACUCAUACACAUAUUUUUCAGGAUUAAAGGGGACAUCACAAAUGUCUAUUUGCACUAUUUAAGCAGGAAGGUACCCAUAUGUAAUAGUCUUUCUGUUUGUCCAGAAAUGGAUGUGGCUCUUUAAUACAGGACAAGUGGUAGAAACCCGGUGUUUGCUCUUUAGUAUGGGAAAAGUAGUAGAAAUCUGAUGUUUCUUUACUUUAAUCACUCUGAAAUAGUUAUAUUUUUCCUAUGUAGUAUUGAUUUUUUUGCAUAGCUGCUAAUGUUUAAACAUUCAUUCGAUUUUCUAUGUCUUAUUUAAUUAGACAUGUAACCUUGAUUUUAUGUUUUUAGUGUAUUAAAAGGACAUGAGUAUUUGCAUCAUCUA